AUGAGUAUCCCCUCAAAGCCGGUGAAUAUCCGUAGUCCCAGGCUUGGGCCUGUUGACAGCGACGAGGUCAACGCUCAGGCGACACCGCUAGGUACUCCAGAUCUUCGUGUCCUACGAGCUCAGUAUGCUGGAACACCCCCACCCCCGAACAUUCCGCCGCGUGGUACCCCGGGUCAAAGGAAUGGGUCCCCUGCGUUGGGCGCAGUGCAAUUACCGCAGACUGGCAUCUCACCAGGUGUAUCGUUUGGCGCCACGGAAGCCAUCCCCCCGUUCAACCUCGACGAAUUUCCCGACGAAGAGAAAGCGCGGGUCCUCAGGAGACAUCUAGUGUCCAAGGAGGAGAGGCAGGGUGGACCAGGAGUAGGUGGUGCUGAAAGCUCAAAGGCUGGAGGAUCGUCGACACCCAUCUCUCAACACUCGUCGCAACACGGGGUGCAGAGAGAGGAUACAGAGCCGUUUCCUAUACCAUAUCAUGCGCCUGGCGCGGAUGUCACCCAUGACAUAUAUAAGUGGCACUCAGGGCAGCAGCGCCGCCCCCGUGCUGCCUCAUUUGCUGGCUCUAGCAACGCACCACAAGAUCCUGCGUUCGAGCAUAUCCAUCAGCCGGGUGGUUUCCGACGCAAUUACCUCCUACUGCGCGCGAACGAGCAAGGCACCGAUGAACCCCGCAUGCUCAACUCAUUCAUUGAUUUCCUGUUUAUCUUCGGGCAUUAUGCUGGUGAAGACCUAGAAGACGAUGAGGACGAAGAUAAGGAAGAUGAUGAAGAGCUCGGCGAGGGGCGUGAGGCGGAUGAGCUGCCGUCUGCAGGGUUGAGCGAACGCACGCCGCUCGUGGGUGGUACUACUCGAUCCCGCUCUCGAUCGAGGCGACGCCGUAUGUCGGUUGACGGGCACGGAAACGCAACGGUCACACAAGCUGUUCUGAUGCUUUUGAAAUCCUUCGUUGGCACUGGCGUUCUAUUUCUUGGCAAAGCGUUCUACAAUGGCGGGAUGCUCUUCUCGAUCAUCACCUUCGUCUUCAUCGCCCUUAUCUCGCUGUACUCCUUCCUAUUAUUAGUUGAUACUAAAUUUGUAGUGUCUGGGAGUUUCGGAGAUAUCGGUGGAACACUGUACGGCCCUUGGAUGCGGUAUGCUAUCUUGGGGUCCAUCGUUGUAUCUCAGCUUGGUUUCGUCGGCGCCUACAUUAUCUUCGUCGCGGAGAACCUCCAGGCGUUCGUGAUGGGUGUCACGCACUGCGCGAAGCUCCUCCCCGUGCAAUACUUCAUUCUCAUGCAACUUGUCAUCUUCCUGCCAUUGAGUCUCGUCCGUGACAUUGCGAAGCUGAGCACGACUGCCCUUGUAGCGGACGUGUUCAUACUUGCUGGCCUCUGCUAUAUUUUCGGGAGCGAGAUUUCGAUUGUUUCGACUCAGGGAGUGGCAGAUAUUAAGUGGUUCAAUCCGAGAGAUUUCCCGCUUUUCAUUGGAACGGCUGUGUUCUCGUUUGAGGGGAUUGGAUUGAUCAUCCCUAUUACCGACGCGAUGCGGGAACCGCAUAAAUUCCCCAAGGUACUUACCGGCGUUAUGAUUGGGUUGAUUUUCUUGUUCGGCGGUGCUGGUGUCUUGGCUUAUAUGACCUUUGGCUCUGAGAUUCAGACCGUCGUCCUGGUCAAUCUCGAUGCUGACAGCAAGAUGGUCCAAUCGGUACAAUUUUUGUAUUCUCUAGCUAUUAUGCUCUCGGUGCCGCUUCAGCUAUUCCCUGCUGUCCGCAUUUUGGAGAACGGAAUGUUCACGAGGAGCGGGAAGGCCGAUACGCGCGUCAAGUGGUUGAAGAACGCGUUUAGGUUCGGCAUGGUGAUGGUGUGCACUGCGAUUAGCUGGUUUGGUGCGUCGGAUUUGGAUAAGUUCGUGGCCUUUGUUGGGUGUUUUGCGUGUGUUCCGUUGUGUUAUGUGUACCCGGCAUUGCUCCACUACAAGGCCGUCGCGCGUACUCGGUCCCAGAAGUGGAAAGACAUAGCGAUGAUCGUCUUUGGUAUGGUCGCCGCUGCGUAUACGACCAUCCAGACAAUCAAGCUCAUGGUAUCCCCCGACGCAGGAGGCUCGCCCAAGUUCGGCAACUGCGAGAUUCCGUCGAAUUAG